UAAUCGAACCUAACCUAUAUAUUAAUUUCAAAGUGUAAACACUCAUCCUCUAAAUUUUCUUGAUUUUUUUUAAUAACAGCUAAUUAAGUAAAGUACCGGUAACUAUAUAAUUAAAGAAUGGAAAUUUUCUAUUUACGGUAUUGAAGUCAGUUGUGUGUAGAGCAUAAGUUAAUUAGGUCAUAGAAAUCACCAAUUUGAAAAGCAAAGAUGCAUAAAAGAUCUAAACUUUAUACCACCAAUUUCUUUUCAAAGGAGGCCGAAAAAGUAGGCAUAAGUUUCCCUUUACUCUUCCUUGCAACGACCUCACUAGUGGUCACUUACUUCACUCUCAAAGACUUGGAAUGGGAGGACCGAAUCUCCAACCAAAGAGGGCUCUGUCUCUUUGGCUCUGGCCUCUUGUUCUUCCCCUCACUCUUUGUCGCCUUAAAAAACCUUUUGGGUCAUACGCACUGGGGCAGGAAACUGAUGAGGGCGCGUCGAUUAAAAUAUAGCGAUGUUUUCGAUAUAUGCAAUAAAUUAGUGUCGGCUGUUCAAGCAUUGUUUUGCUGCAUUUCAGGGCUUAUUUCCGUGCAAUAUUCUUGCACAAGAAAUAUAUUAAGAACUUCGCAUUAUGCAACUGAGUCGUAUGCAUGGUUUGGUGCAGCUUACUUUUUUUAUGAUAUUUGGUCGAUGUAUAAGGUGUGGAGCGUUAAGAAAUCUCAGGCGAAACUAGAUGGUAUGGCUAAUCAAGUGAUCUUAAAAUUCAUGAAAAUGGUCGCAUACAUUUCCGAUAACUUCGUUAUGAUUUUUCAUCAUAUAUUUAUUGGUUGUUUUGGGUUUUUAGUGAUUACCUAUCUCAGGGGUGGACUAGGUGACUGUUUUUUCGGGUACAUCUUUCUAAUGGAAGCCAGCACUCCUUUUGUAUCUUUAAGGGGCAUUUUAUCAAAGAUGGGCCUUAAAGACUCUAAAUGGUACAUUGCAAAUGGGCUUUCGAUGCUCUUUACAUUCUUUGUAUUUCGAGUGGCAAUGUUUCCGUAUGUGAUAAACUUGUUCGCGCAAUCCAUACAUACUGACUUUUUAACGGCCAUUACCAAACUGCCAAAAAACUGCAAAAUAAGCAUCGCUUUACUUAUGUUCCCGCAACUGUACUGGUUCGGACUGAUGCUUAAAGGAGCCACGAAAAUCCUCUUCAUCAAAGAAAAACCUGAAAAAGUCGCCAACAAUAACAAUUUACGAAAGAAAGUACGCUAAAAAGACCAGAACGACUGUGCAACGAAGAUAAAAAGAAGAAACGUGAGUCUCGAUCUGUAGUUGUGAAAGUUAGAGUUUAGGAAGAGGCUGUGAUUAUUAUUUCUAUUUAUUAAUGAGAACGAGAAAGAUGGUAGAAUUUGAGUUACUUAAAAAUGGCUUUUGGCUUAAGAUAUGUGGGCUUGUCAUUAUUUCUUUCAUAUUGAAAAAUAUUUUAGUAGUUGAACAAUUUUCCAGGGUGUUUAUAAUAAAUAUAUUAUUUCUAUAAAACCGUAAUGGGAAAAAGUAACACUAUUAGAAAAUUUAUACAAUUUAGGCAUUUUUGCUCCAAUUUUACUUCCUAAAUGUGUGCAGCUUUAAUUACCAAUUCGGCCAGCACCGUUUUUAAUUAUAAAUUAGAUCAGCACGAAUUUCCAGUCUUUACCAUGUAUACAAUUUAAAAUUAUUAACGUUGUGUGUUCAAAUAAUUAUUAACAAACUAUUUAUAUGUGAAAAUAUAUAAUAUAUUUUAGUAAAUGUGUGUAUAAACAGAGUGUUUAAAUAAUUAGGUAAAUUCAAGUAAGCUUUUAUGUGCAUUUAAUUUUGUCUUCCCUGUAGAAGCAAUUAUUUCAAUUUUGCGUAAGACAUGAAUAAUCUUUUUCUUCCCUGAAUAGAUAUGUAUACAAGGUGUCCCAAACUUUUUUGUAAGGUUAAAAAACUUAUUUUUUAUGAGAUUAUAGAAGUCGCUUACGUGGAUGUUUAAAUAAAUAAGUAGUAAAUGUAUAUGUGGCAAUUCGUUUACCGGCGUAAGUACAGGACCCCAUAAGAAAAUUCAUUUUUUAAAAUGUUUAAUAAAAAAAAAUCACUUGGAUUGUUUUGAAUUGGUUAAUAAUAUGGCAAGUAUAUGGGAUUUUUUGUUAAAAAAAACAAUCGGGCAGUUUUCUCUGAUGACCGAACCCAAUGAAUUUAUUUUUCUGUCGGAUAUUGUUCAUAAAUUGACGUGUAGGGUCACUAGACCAGUAAAUGAGCAAAUAAGAAAAGUUUUGAGAGGACCUGUAAAUCAGUUAAACAUUUACUUAAGUACUAUUUUUAAAGUCUCGACAAUUUUCUCUUAUUAUGAACAACAAGAGAUACGUUACCCUUUAUAUUUUUUAAAAUUUUGCCGAUUUUUAUAACAAAUGCCCAAAAUCCCAGUAAAUGAACGAACUCCUCCAAUAAAUAAAACUAUAAGACUAGUAAAUGAAGAUAAUGUUUAUUUUUAAUAAGGUUUUUUUUUAAUUUUCAAAUAUUUAAAUUAUAUAUACUGCCUUUGGAUGAUAUUGGCUCUGAAUUUUUUUCUAAAACAAAUUUUCUCUUAUACCAAAUUUGGUUCACAUUUUUGGGCCAUCUCCAAAUUUGGUUUUAUGUCUUCCAUAACGCUGAUCUCAUAUUCUUGGGCACCCUGAUCUAUAUUUUUUAUUAAACCUGGAUACCUCUUCUUUUGGUAACUUAUAACCACGAGUCUCCAAUAUUAAAAGCUGCAAAUGUGAAUACAUUAUAUGAUUAAAAUAUAUUUUCCAUGUAUCUAUAUGAUAUAAGACCAGACACAUUAUUUAUUUACUUACUUUUACUGCUUUUUUUGUCAGGCUUCUUCGUUUCCACGUCUAUUUCUUUUUUAACAACUAAAAGCACAUAAAUAUCAACAUUAUAAUUUCUUUAAUCCAUUUUUUUAUAAUUACUAAACUCACCUUUUUUUAUUUUCUCGAACUCCAUCAAUAAACUUUUCUGAUUCCCCUUCUUUAACAGCCAAUUUUACCUUCUUGUUCUGUUUUCCGACUAACUUUUUAUUUUCAUCAUCAACAUCCUGGAUCUUGGUCACUUCCACAUCAUUUUGUUUUUCUUUAACUAAAAGCAUAAUACAUUAAAUUUCUUUUUAUUCUAAAUUCUUAGUAGGUAGAGUUAAAAUUACCUUGAUUUUCUCGAACUCAGUUUAUGAACUUUUUUGAAUCUUCUGUUUUUUCUGGUCCCCCUUCUUUAACAACUCUUUUAAGCUUCUUAGCUUAUUUCUUAGUUUCAGCUGACGUUUUCUUUAAAGCCGUUUCCAGUUUUCUUUUCUUUAUUAUAUUCUCUUUAUCUAUUCUUUUUUUUUCUUGUUCAGAAUGAUGUUUCACCCACUUAUCGGAUGUUAUUGCGUAGGGCAUUUGAACACGUUGGCUUCUCUUUUUUGAUACACCCUCUUGCUUUGGCCAGUGAAGAUGAUUUUCCCAAACUUUAUCUAAACUUUUAUUUCCUGGAUUAAUGACAAUAUUGGAUAAUAUUUUAAUCUUCGAUUCGCUGCAAGGGAGAGUUUUGGCUGGAAAGUUGGAGGCUCAUAUAAAACUCCGUCAAUUUCAAGGGGCAAGUCGUUUAAAAAGGGAUCUGUAAAUAUAUCGCUCUCAGACUCGCUAAAUAACUGGUCAACAUUAUCGCUACUGUCAUUAAAACUUGUUGAGUCACCUGCGUUUUUUUCGCAAAAUUUUUUUAAAGAAUCUACACUGUUGGACAAAUUUGUAUAUUAUUGACCUUUAAAUAAUGGUCCAAUACUUUCAUGGAACAUUUAUAGUCUUCUAUUGAUAAUUCGGUACUGGAUCUUUUCUGAAAGAUUUCAUUACGCCGGGUCGAAAUACACUUUGAAUAAUCAACUGAGUCAGGGCUUAAUGGAUAAAGGCCACAAAUUCUGAAUCCAUUUAUAUAUUGAAUACCAGUUAUAUGGUUUCUGGUUUAGAAGCCUUAUCAAAAGCUUCUUUAAAGAGGAUGCUAAAGUUGUGCCGAGUAAUUGGUGUACAACUCUUUUGUUUAUGAAGUCGGCACACAGAUUUCCAUUCAACUUUUAGGGGUCUAAAUAUACUGACAUCACAAGGUUGUAGUAUGUGUGUCGGGUUCGGGUAUAAACAAUAAAGGAUGAUUCUGUGUUCCACACAGAAUUCAUACAGGUCCAAAUUAUAGUGGGACUUCCAUGUCCAUCUAUGAAAAGAAUUGCUGGAAAUAUAACGCUAUUUUCCAAAAGCCAGGGAUAAAAUAUAUUCGCAAUAUAUUAAAAAAACGUUGCACUGGUCAUCCACCCAGAAUCGGACCUUCCAAUGGCCCAACCUUUUGGCACUUUUGAAUUCUUUUGUAUGGGAAAACAAUCAUUGGUGGGCCUGCCACACCAUUAGCAGCAUAGUUGCACAGCACUGUAAUUGACUCUUUUUCGUUUCCGCCUGCAAUCUCGUAAAGGUUUUUAAACUUUUUGGAGCGCCCUAGAACCAAACCUGACUUCAUACACGUUCUUAUAAUGCGGGCUGGAUCAGACAUGUCUAAUACAUUUUUGUCGGUUAAGUACUGGAUAAGUUCUAAAAACCAUUGCCUUAUACCAUCCUCAGUAACCGCAGCACGAGUUUUGGAAAUAAUCUCUGUAUUUCUUUUUGAAAUUUGUGGGUGCCUCUGAAGAAAAAGCUUUAACCAUUUAUCUCCUGGUCUAUCAUCAUUAAAAUUAUUUGGUCAACCUCAUUGGGAUGCAUCGGAAAUCCCAAUUUGGCUUUUGACAAAAUCCAAUUAACUAAGUUUCCUCAUGAGCGCUCAAGACUGUAGAGGAGCCCAUUUUUCGAAUAUGUCGCACCUUUCCCGUUAAUUUGUUAUGUAAAGUGGACUUCGGUAUGCCAUAUUUAGAAGAAGCUUUAUUUAAUGAAAUAGUUGCAGCUUGAAUUUCACUAAUUGCUGCAUCCAAAGCUUCCUCCGUGUAUUUAAAACGUGAAUAUUUUGGAGCCAUCUGAAAAAUAAUUGUCGUCCAAUAAAUGAACACCAGUAAAUGAACGUUUUCUAUUAACGUUCAUUUACUGGUUUGACUGCAUUUGGGUAUAAAUGCUAUUAUUCAAGUUAGUUCAGUUCUAUGUAAGAUAUGUUUAAGGUUGAAAUUCGCAUAAAAAAUUAUUUUAAGUAAAAUCCAGUAAAUGAACACACUGUUCAUUUACUAUAUUUUAAAAAAAAUUUAAACCAGUAAUUGAACAUGCAGGAAUUAUUCAAUACUAGAAAAGUAUUAGGUAUAAACUUAUUUUAAAGAAAACAAUUAUGCGUGUAUUAACCUAUAAAGUGCAUUUCUUUUACUUAUUUCAUAAAAUAUAAUAGCUAUGAAGCCUAGAAAAAAACAUGUGCUUACCUUAAUAUUAUAAAAUAGAGACACAAAAUGGUCAUAUUGUUAUCCCAGCUCCUUCUACCCUUACCUCACCUCCCAGGAAGGAAGAAACGAAGUGGAACCUGGGUGACUGGUUUCUCCUGACAUAAGUCAUCAAUUUCUCAACGGUUUUUGAACAGUUCCUACUUGAUUUUGUACCUAAAUUUCCAAAUAUUUCGUUCGUUUCUGCUGUAUUGUUACCCCAGCUCUAUCUACCCUUGCCCCAGCUCCCAGGAAGAAAGAAACGAAGUGGAACCUGUGUGACUGGUUUCUCCUGACAUAAAUCUUCAAUUUCUCAACGGUUUUCGGACAGUUCCAACUUGAUUUUGUGUCUAAAUUUCUAAAUAUCUCGUUCGUUUCUGCUGUAUUGCUACCCCAGCUCCUUCUACCCUUGCCUUACCUCCCAGGAAGGAAGAAACGAAGUGAAACCUGGAUGACUGGUUUCUCCUGAGAUAAAUCUUCAAUUUCUCAAUGGUUUUCGGACAGUUCCAACUUGUUUUUGUGUCUAAAUUUCCAAAUAUUUCGUUCGUUUCUGCUGUAUUGUUACGCCAGCUCAAUCUACUCUUACCUCACCUCCCAGGAAGGAAGAAACGAAGUGGAACCUGGGUGACUGGUUUCUCCUGACAUAAGUCAUCAAUUUCUUAACGGUUUCCGGACAGUUCCAACUUGAUUUUGUGCCUAAAUUUCCAAAUAUAUCGUUCGUUUCUGCUGUAUUGUUACCCCAGCUCCUUCUAUUCUUGCCCUAGCUACCAAGAAGGAAGAAAUGAAGUGGAACCUGGGUGACUACUUUCUCCUGACAUAAAUCAUCAAUUUCUCAACGGUUUUCGGACAGUUCCCACUUGAUUUUGUGCCUAAAUUUCCAAAUAUUUCGUUCGUUUCUGCUGUAUUGUUACCCCAGCUCCAUCUACCCUUGUUCCAGCUAACAGGAAGGAAGCAUACGAAGUGGAACUUGGUUGACUGGUUUCUCCUGACAUAAAUCACAAUUUUUCAACGGUUUUCGGACCGUUACAACUUGAUUUAGUGCCUAAAUUUCCAAAUAUUUCGUUCGUUUCUGCUGUAUUGUUACCCCAGCUCCAUCUACCCUUGCCCCAGCUCCCAGGAAGGAAGCAUACGAAAUGGAACCUGGGUCACUGGAUUCUUUUGACAUAAAUCAUUAAUUUCUCAACGGUUUUCGGACAGUUCCCACUCGAUUUUGUGUCUAAAUUUCCAAAUAUCUCGUCCGUUUCUGCUGUAUUGUUACCCCAGCUCAAUCUACCCUUACCUCGCCUCCCAGGAAGGAAGAAACGAAGUGGAACCUAGGUAACUGGUUUCUCCUGACAUAAAUCUUCAACUUCUCAAUGGUUUUCGGACGGUUCCAACUUGAUUUUGUGUCUAAAUUUCCAAAUAUUUCGUUCGUUUCUGCUGUAUUGUUACCCCAGCUCAAUCUACCCUUACCUCACCUCCCAGGAAUGAAGAAACAAAGUGGAACCUGGGUGACUGGUUUCUCCUGACAUAAAUCUUCAAUUUCUCAACAAUUUUCGAACAAUUCCAACUUGUUUUUCUGUCUAAAUUUCCAAAUAUCACGUUCGUUUCUGCUGUACUGCUACCUCAACUCCUUCUCCCCUUACCGCACCUCCCAAUAAGGCCACAAACAAAGUGGAACCUGAGUCACUGGAUUCUCUUGACUACUUCAAACCAUUCCAACUAAACUUCCAUAAAAAAACUCCUUCUACCAUUACUCCCAAGAAGGAAACAAGCCAAGAACCAUCUCGACCUGAGGCCAUAUUGACUUCAGAUGGGCAUGGGGAUGUUCGCGGUGACACAGUCGCUUGUUUUAAACUGUUUUGCCUAUGCCUAAUGGAGGCUAGUGAACGAACGCUAUAAAGAAGAUGUGUGCGCAACGUGUUAGAAAGAGAUAAUAGAGCUUUUCCAUCGAAUAUUCUUAUUUUUCAAGAAAUUAAACUCACUGUUCAUUUAUUGGGUGCUGUUCAUUCACUGGUUAAGCGACCCUAGUCAGGAUUAUUAUAAUAAUUUUUUUAUAAAGUAUAACUAUAUACGUAAAGUAUCCCCAAAAAAGGAAACCCACUAGAGUAAUGGGACGGCCUUUUGCAUGAAACACGAAUCACCUAUUUAGGUUACAGUCGUACGAGUUUUACAGAUAUGGGGCUAAAGAAUGUCUUGGUAUUGUGAUGUAGCAUCGCAAGUGGUUCAGCAUCGAUUUUCUUCAAAGAUAAAAAGUUUAAUCAUUCCCAACAUAGCGAUUAAGUCCAAAACUACAAAUUUCAAAGAAGAGUGUUGUUUUCCAUCUAAGAUCAUUGGUAUCUCCGACACACAACGAACAAUGCAAUUUCUUAUGGACCGACCUGUAUUAUUUUUUAAAGAUGUCCCAAAUUGACAACUAACAUUAAUGUUGCUUGUCAAUCAAUUUCUAGUAAAAAUAUUUAAAUUAUUUUUGGUCUAUAACUGAGUUUUAUUCUAAUCUUCUAUAGUUGUAACUCUAAAUUUAUUUUAUUAUUAAUGUAUGCUCGUCGAAACAAAUAUAUAUUAUCUUUAUGGUCGCAUUCUAAUGUAUAGCCCAAAUACUAUAUGUAAAAUAUUUGUUUUGCUAUAAGUAAUAAUAAGUUACCGUUUCCGGAUUUGUAAAUCAUGAAAAUAAUGGACAAUUUGUGUCUUAUUUAGUAUAUACAUCAUAUGGAUCAAAUUUAAUUUGGUCAAUAUCCAACUAAAACUCUCAUUUUACCCUUUCACUUUAACUUUUGAAUUUUGGUUUGUGACAAAACGCUUGAAUCAUUGUUUCAAAAGUAAAUAAGGAAUUGGGUAUGCAUACGGGAAAAUUGCACGCAAAAAAAUUGUUUGUUAUAAAAUCAAACAAAAGCUUUACACUUCAGCCCUUAAUACUAGUUGAAUACCAGUUAUAUUCUGCUCGAAGUUGUCAAACGAAGUUGGACGUGAUAAUUUGCGAUUGGGGUUUUUAUAUAUCAUCCAGUGUAAAUUGUUUACUAAGAAAUGCAAAAAUGUUUUCGGGUUAGCUUGGGUUUUUGGACUAGUUUUACGUUUGGGUAGUUGGAAGUCCUUUAAACCCAUUAUUUGCACGCUUAUUCGGUAGAUGUACACUCUACACCCGCAACAUCCUCCGAAAGGGACUAACAUUUUAUAAACACUCGUAUAUUUCCAAGAAAAAUUCAAUUUUAGGCGUUAUAUGUUAUAUUUCGAUCAACACUAAAUUCUCUAACGGACUGUAAAAAAAACUUUUAAAUAUUUUUACCAGUUUUAACAAAUUUUAAUGUAAUUUGUUACAAAUGCAUAAAAUAUGAAUGUACGAUAGAGAUUAUAGUUUAUUUGUCGCCCUUGUAGGUAGAGCUACAAAAUGUACUUAAAAUUGAUUUACUUUGGUAAUAAUUUAUAAUAUUUUAGAUAUUGAAUAUUUUUAUUGUGAAUGAUUUUAAUGCCCACUAAAAAGGCCAGUGGUUGAAUCGUUAAACAGAACUUAAAUGUGGGGCAUCUUGUUUGUUUACUGUAUUUUUUUCGCUAGCUGUAAGACUGUAUGUUGUUUCUUGUGUAUUUAUGUAAAUGUGGUCAAUAAAUCGAAUAUAUUCUCGA